AUGAAGAGUGAGUACAAUUUUGAAUCUGAAAUGCGCGUGUUUUCACUCAGCCACAAGGAUCUUAAAGAACAAGAAGCAAGAAGCUUCAACAAUUCUCACAGGAUUUUAGUACACCAGAUUGUCGUUUUGCACUCUGAACUCAGACAUGAUAAAUAUAUAGGGAGUUGUUGGGCAUUUUCUGCGAUAGCAGCAGCAGAGGGGAUCACCAAACUCUCGACAGGAAAGUCGAUCUUUCUAUCAGAACAAGAACUGGUGGACUGUGAUAGAACGAGUGAAGAUCAAGGAUGUGAAGGUGGUUACAUGGAAGACGCGUUUGAAUUCAUAGUGAAAAACAAAAGCAUAACAACAGAAAAAAGACAUCCAUACAAAGCUGCUGAUGGAAGUUGCAACACGAAAAAGGAAUCUUCCUCUGCAGCUGAUAUCAAAGGCUACGGAAAGGUACCUAUGAACAACGAGAAAGCACUACUCAACGCUGUGGCAAAUCAGCCUGUUUCAGUGUCCAUCGAUGCUAGUGACUUCUCGUUCCAAUCUACUCAGAGUGGAGUUUAUACAGGCUCGUGUGGAACUGAAUUAGAUCAUGGCGUUACAGCAAUUGGAUAUGGAAAAGCUGUAGACGGGACUAAAUACUGGUUGAUCACGAAUUCAUGGGGUGCUAGUUGGGGUGAAAAUGGAUACAUAAGGAUGGAAAGGGACAUUGAUGAAAAUGAAGGACUAUGUGGGAUUGCCAUGGAUGCUCUUAUCCAACUGUUUAAGCAUAUCAUACAUUAA